CACAAUACUGGAACGCUCAUCUGAAGUAUCAUUAACACACCCCCAGCGUAAGUAGGCAGGGCUUAAAGUAACUUAGAGGAUACCCAGAGGGUUAGAUGAAAUCGAGGCUCAGGAGUGGACACUUUUUGGAGGAGUUGAUUCGCCAGUGGCGGAUAAGGAUUGACUGAGUUUUUCUCGUACUACUACAAAGACAAGAGGAUACGAUUGAAUGCGCCAUUCGCUGGGUCAUUCUUCUAUUUUUAUCACAACCUCUAGGCAGUGUUUUGGAAGCAGGCCUUGGGCAAACUGAUUAUAGUGUGCUGUUUGUGCUGUCGUGCGAAUUUUUCCCUCAAGUGCUUGAACUGUACACAAUAGAUAAGGAUUAAUCUAUGAAAUAUGUUAUGAUUUAUCGAAAACCGACUGGUUUAUUUUGGAGAUUCUUCUAAGAACUAUCAAACGAUCAUCAACUCUGAAAUCUUCACCCUGCAAUUCUAAGGUCAAACACCUAAACCACCGAAUGAUCCAGACUGAGUCGAAGUGAAUUGCUGUACACAUCACACAACACACAGGUUCCAGAAUACCUGAACAACCGUCAAAACGGCAGCAAGUCUUUCUCUGUUGCCGACCUGUCCCACAUGGCCCAGGUGAGCCCACUAAAAACGCUGUCACCAACAAACACAUACGCAGAACUGAGCUCUCAAGCCGCUUUGGAUCGUCUGAACUCUUUAGACAGUACUACUGCCAUCACCAAUCGCCUGGGCAACGCAAAUUCUUACGGAAUGCCUUCUGCUUUCGGUAGCCCUCUCCAGCCCAAGUCAUUACCUGAGGAUCGAUCUGACCUCAUCCCGAGCCAUAGGCCUGGGUUUAGCUCGGGGUCUGUCGGGAGCACACCGUCGUUUUCGACGGCGCCGCGUUUAACACAUACGCCGUCCACCGAUUUUCAACCACCGUAUUUUCCACCGCCAUACAACAUUCCCCAGCAAUCACAGUUAGACUUUCAUCACAUGAAUUCGGACCCUUACGCUCAUUUGAAUACCCUCCAUCAACCCCAGCACCACCAAUAUCAAAUUCAUCAACAACGUCCCCAGAUGCUCCGACAUCACCCCCGGGAUGACGAGUUGCACAUACAACACCCAAAUGUUCACCAGCUCUCAAAUCGAGACUACAGCAUCCGUAGGCCUGAUGUGCUGAUCCCAGGCAGCCACCAUGGACUCGAUCAAACUGAGUUAAUGAUUCACCCGCCUGGGCUACACCCCAUGGAUGACAACCCGGCAUCGCACGACGAUACUUCCCAGCACAUUUACGGCGAUCAUCAUUCUGUUAUUAAGCGAGCUGCAGUAAGGAAACCAAGUGAGAACGGUAAAGAUGGCAUGAUUUCAAAUGUAACGUCUCCGAACGAUGUGUUUUGCUCAGUGCCCGGUCGUCUAUCCCUCCUUAGUUCUACGUCUAAAUACAAGGUCACCGUUGCUGAAGUACAACGAAGACUUAGUCCACCAGAAUGUUUGAAUGCAUCGUUGUUAGGCGGAGUACUCAGAAGAGCCAAGUCAAAAAAUGGCGGAAGGUAUCUCAGAGAGCGGUUAGAGAAAAUUGGCCUGAAUCUACCUGCUGGGCGUCGAAAAGCUGCCAAUGUUACUCUCUUUACAUCAUUAGUUGAAGGUGAAGCAAUACACUUGGCUCGUGAUUUUGGCUAUGUGUGUGAAACCGAGUUUCCAUCUCGACAGAUAGGUGAAUAUACAGCAAGGCAACAUACAGACCCAUCAGAACAGCAAACUCGAAAGAACAUGGUCUUAGCAACAAAACAAGUUCUAAAAGAAGUUCAGGAUGUGUUAUGUCAAGACCGCUCACCGCUUGGAAACACACGCGCACAGCCUAUCCUGGAGCCGUCCAUUCAGCGUUGUUUGACGCAUUUCAGCAUGAUCACUCAUGGUUUUGGCACACCCGCACUAUCUGCGUCUUUUGCCACUUUGCAGAACUGUCUGACAGAAAUGCUGAAAUACAUGGAAAAAGCGUAUCCUAGUAUCCUAUCACCACACGGCGGUGGUAAAUUAGACUCAAAUUCAAAUAAAAGUAAUGGUGAAAAAGGAGACGACAGAGUAAAGGAAGUAUGAACAAAAUGCUAUUCCGAUUGAAAAAAGAGAUUUAAAGAAAUGCGAUACGAACGCUUUCUUGUGAAUUCAGGUAACUGGUUGCAGACAAAGAGGACCAGGUUAGCUAGAUAUUUCAUUUGACAUCGUCAGCAAGCAUGUUUAUAAAGAAGACGGGUCAAAAGUUACGCGUUGCCAUAAAAGCUCAAUUGAGACAAGUCUGGAUCAGAGUUAUGUUGGCCAUUGUAUGCGUUCGUUUGUUUGUGCGUACAUACUCUUAUCAAGGUGCUUAAAAUAUAGAAGACAAAACAAAACAAAGAACGUCUAUUGCUGGAGGAAUCUAGAAGCAAGAGGGUGCAUCGCGCUUACAUUCUGGGAACAUUGUGCGUGUAGGCCUAUGUUCAAGAAGCCAUUUCCUGGUUUAACGCAAACAAACGUAGUCCAGUAGUUGCAUUUAUCUUCAAAAUCGUUUUUACAGCCCACCUGUACGAAUCCGUCUAGAACCCAUUUUAUAGGGUAUUCGUCCACCAUAUUGUUUGUUAAAACUUUAAUAACUCCUAUAGAUCCGAUCCUCCUUUCAAGUUACAUCGCAUUAUAAACAUAACGAAAUUUAAGAGACAAAGUGGACAUUUUGAUAAAGUUUUAGUCUUAUUGUAGAUAAUUUUCUUGUUUUUUUUUAUUUGAAUGAAACAUAAUGCUAUUUGAAAUAUCUGUUUUGAUAAACAUAAACGUCGACCAAAAAGUAUUGAUCGCUGCGAAGGUGCGAACGAGUUUCCGACUCAUUAAAUCUAAGAUUUGUAUGUAAAUGUAAACUUUAAUCACCCACCGACGAAUCACCUCUCGCGUUGAUAAUCAAGUAUGAUAUGAACUCGAUUUAUCAAAUGGAAAAAUUUAAAAAGUCACGAUGCAAUAAUUGCUUUGUGGACCGUAUAUUUUUAAUAUACACCUUUUCUUUCUUUUGUUCAAAUAUAUUAUAAUGUAGAAAUCUAUUUCCAACUUUUACGUAAAGGACAGUUUAAUGUUCUGAUACUGUGGAGUAUCACAGGUACACAAUGUUACGUUUGGCGUUAACAAUAUAUAAUAAUUCGCGUGUAUACUUAAUAAUGUUAUAACGUACUUAUGUUUUGAAUUUCUUAACUUUGUAUCAAAUGAGGGCGGGCUUGUGAUGUUUCUAAAACUGAGUAUACAGUAAUUGUCAGAAUAAUACACCUUCUAAGAGGAAUUGUUUAUAAAGUGACUGCAGUUUUAGUUAAGUAGUAAAAGACAAAUUAUUACAUUUUAUCUGCAUAUUAUUCAGAAAUCCAUCCAAAUCAGAAAAGUUUAUUGACUCCGUACUUACCUUUUUUAAAAAAAAAAAAAAUUACCAAACGUUAUAAGCCUACUUACAUAUUUAGUCUAUCUUGAGGUACCAAAAUCACCAGGAAUAUGACAAGAAUAUAAAGGUCAUAGUUUAUGCAUAUCAUACCUGUCUAUCUAUAGAAUGUCAUUAAAAUAUUUGCAAUAAAUAAUUAUGGGGAGGAGAUUUUCAUUAACAAGAUAUGCUUUUUUUGGAUUAGUUAGUUAAACUUAUAUACCAGUAAAAUACAAUUUUUAAAAAAUCGUACGAAUAUAAGAAUAACAAAAAAUUACGCAAACCAGCUAAUUAAAGAAGAAAUAAACAAUUAUUUUAAAUUGAAAAUUAUCUGCAGCUCAGUAUUAUUAAAUAAUUAUCCUCCUUAUCGUAUAGUAAAUAUUCUUACAUUUUGUAGAAGAGGACUCGGUAUUUUAUUGACUUUAAAAUAGAUCCAGUUGUGUUGGUAUUCAAGUAUUGGUACAAGAUUGGAUAUAAAUAUACGGACUAAAUAAAAUUUAAUGUGGACAUUAGGUUUCAGACAUAGGGUUUACUUCUUAUGAAACUAUGAAAACUAAAGGCCUAUAACUAUAUAAUUAUGAAGUCCUGAUCAGUAUUGUUAAAAAAAACAAAAAAACAGUGGACCAAAUAUUAGAUUUCCUUUCAUUGAAAACUGUUAAGGAAAUACACCUAAUAUAUUAUUUAGGACCUUAUUUCCUUCAUAAUAUCAUUGGUAUAUUUCAACUGCAAUGGCUCAGUGUAUUGUGAGCAUGUCUAAAAUCUAUUUUCCAACAUAAGAGAAACGUAACUUUGUUAUUUACGCACGUGUACACGUGAAUUUCUUUUCUCACACAAUGCACUCGGAAUCAUGGUACAUAUGAUCAUAUACUAUUAUGUGUAGUCUUAAUCUCUUUUUGAAAAUACACUAUUUGCUAUUGGAAUUAGUGAAAGAAUAGAAAUCAUAGGACUAUGGUCAUGUUGGAUUUGGUAUGGAGAUGUUUGAGCAUAUCCGUUGAAUUCCUUGUGUUUUCAUUUUGAACUCGAAUUAAUCUCUAGUCGUCAUUAAAUACAUGUAUCUGUGUUGUUUUGAUUUCUGAUUCUGGGAGCAUGGAUUGGGUUUAGGGGGAGGGGAGUUUUAUGCGUACAUAGUCACUGGUUUUAAUCUGAAUAUGAACGCACGGGUAAAGUUUACCAAUUGCCACUGUCUACGAGGCUUUUACCGCCCUCAAGCGAUACAAAUAAGUUAGUUCUAUAUACAAUUUCCUACGAUUCUUGUCUAAAGCGUAUUUAAAGUCGUCUUUAUUUUUAUGUUUGUAAGCUCUUGUAAAAACCUAGUUUUUAAGUUACUUCAUACAGUGCCGAUCCCUAAAUAGUUGUGAAAAAAGUAUUACUUGUUAUAACUUGUUACUGUGUGUAGGUUUGUAUAUGGGUGAAGCGUAGCUGUUUUGUUCAAAAUAAAGGAUUUAAGUCCAGAAAUAAAUCUAACAGAUGUA